CUUGUUCACCUUCCCAACCGCUACAAGGUCUAGUCAACCUCUUUCCAAUGGCUCGCCAUGUCGUCGGCAGAGUCAAAUUCAUCCGAACAGCCUCUCAACCCUGUAACUGAGCCUGACCAAGUUGUCGAGCCACAGCAGUCGCAUGGCCAUCCAGCGUCCUUCGCUUCGGAUCCUCACAAUGUCUUUCUCUUACUACUCGGCCUCAGGCUCCUUAACGCCUUGAGCAUCCGUACAUUCUUUCAGCCAGAUGAAUAUUUUCAAGCUUUAGAGCCAGCAUGGCAUUGGGCAUUUGGAAAUGGAGCAGGCGCAUGGAUAACAUGGGAGUGGAAGAACUAUUUACGAUCUGCGAUACAUCCAACAAUCUUCGGUGUCUGCUAUUGGGCCACGGCUGCAACCUCUGAUGCGCUGCGUUUAGGUAGUCAUGCCAGGUCAGAACUGCUGCUUGCCGCACCCAAGACCCUGCAGUCUAUAUUCGCGGCCGUAGCGGACUUCUAUACCUGGAAAUUGGCAUCAUACGUCUACGGGAGGAGUUCAGCAUCGUCUCUCAUGGCUCUCGUCCUGACCAUUGUCAGUCCGUGGCAAUGGUUCUGUUCGGCGCGGACCUUCUCCAACUCGCUCGAAACGACAUUGACAGCCAUCGCCCUGUACAACUGGCCGUGGCACUGGACAUUGCCUGUUGAUAGUGGGAGCCAAAGACCAAGCAGGUUCGAUGCUCAAGGUCUACGGGUCCGCGACCCUGACGUCCAGGGACAAGACUCGACAGACGAGCUUACACGACUGAGACGAGCCCUUCUCUGCGCUGCGGUAGCCACAAUCCUAAGACCAACUAAUAUCCUUAUCUGGUGCACUCUUGGACUGCUGACGUUCCUGAAAGACUGGAAAUCAGUAAGACCAAGCUUGACCGAAUUUGGCACGUUCCUCCGAGAGACCGUCCUUUGCGGCAGUACAGUGCUGCUCAUCUCGACAUUACUUGACCGGAUCUUCUACGACGAAUGGGUCUUUCCACCUUUCAAUUUCCUCUAUGUCAACGUCGUCCAAUCUCUCGCGACCUUCUACGGGAACAAUGAUUGGCAUUACUACAUUUCCCAGGGAUAUCCCCUUCUACUUACGACAGCUCUACCAUUCACGCUUAUCAGCAUGUACCGCAUCCUUACCCCAGGGGAUCCAAUCAGGGAGGCAACCCCAGAAGGUCGCAACGCACUACGGUCAUUGUGCAUCAUCUGUCUGCUCUUCCCAGCGGUGUUUUCGAAUAUUGCUCAUAAGGAGGUUCGAUUCAUUUACCCGCUGUUACCGGCGCUGCAUGUAGUGACAGGUCUUCAACUAUCCUCGUUCUUCGGACCCUUGAUUUCCCCCUCACGAGCGUCUGCUCGAUCUUACAAAAGGCUCUUACUGAUCCUCCUGUUUGCCUUGAAUGCAAGCAUAGCAUAUUAUACAAGCCAGGUCCACAACUCCGGCCUAAUCAAGCUUACCACCUACCUCCGGCACGAAUUUGAGGAUGCUUAUCUGCCCGCUCCUCGGCCAUCGAAUAUGACAGUAGGCAUGCUGAUGCCCUGCCACUCCACCCCCUGGCGCUCUCACUUGCAAUACCCGCCGACAUCCGCUCAUCCAGGAAUUCGAGCAUGGGCAUUGACUUGCGAACCACCUCUUAAUCUCAACGCAAGCGAGAAAGCUAGGUACAUGGACGAGGCGGACCAAUUCUACGACAAUCCAAGUCUGUGGUUGAAACGGAACAUGUCGAGACGUGCGCCACGGUUGUCUUCCUCCUGGGCGCCGGGGAUUUUCGGCCCGGAUUAUUCUGUCAGGAGGAAUUUGGGCGUAAACGCGGACAUACUCGAAGCAGCGCGUGACGAGGAGUUCUGGGAGGCGAGGACAGGCAGGAAGCCAUGGCCCGGGUAUCUGGUUUUCUUCGCGGAACUCGAACAAACACUGGCCGUGGCGCUGCGGGGGAGCGGGUACGUCGAGUGUACGAGAUUGUGGAACAGUGCGUGGCAUGAUGAUUCGAGACGGACGGGCGAUGUUGUGGUGUGGUGUUUGGAUCCUAGUCGAGUCGAUGUCGGUCGGAAGACGGGCGUAGGCAACGUGCACGCCGGAGUCAGCAAAGGGGAAGUUGAUGACGCGGUGAGGGAUCCGCAUGCUGGCGAGGGAGUGAGCGUGGGUGGACAGAAGGUCCUUGGAGCGACGAAGGGCAAGGGUCCGAAGCAGAAGGAGCGAGGCUCCGACCCCGGCCCAGGUCCCAUGAAAAGGGUCGUGGAGAAGACGUUCUGGAAAGUCAGAGAGGUCGAAGACGAGCUUUAACUCAGGUACCUCAAAUUACCUAGCAUUUCCGGAUGUCAGGUCUGCGCUGCUGGUGAGCCUCACCCCGUAGGCCCUUGUAUGGCGACGACUCAACAGGAUUGCCUUCCUUUUCGGGGUUAUAAAAUAAGGGUUGGUGGUAGAUACGUAUAAAAGUAUGAAGAAUCAAGAAUCAAGUUUUCAGACCUAGA